CAAGGGGGCGGAGGUUAUGUAUGGAAAGUACGGCUGGAAGAGGAGUGACAGCCGCACCUUGACGAAUGUGCGGACAGGAAUAAAACAAUUUAUGAUUCGAAGGGGAAUAUUUAAAAGUUGUCGAGUUUAAUAUUAGUUUGGAUGUUUUGUGAGUGCGGAGGGACGAGAUGUUGAUGUUGGUUGAGGGGUGAGAGGAGCGGUGGCUGUGUGUGGAAAGUGCGGUCCCGGGGAAGGAGGAGCAGCAGCGGGGGGAGGCGGCGCUCGGCGCUGUCAGCGGCCCCGCGGCGAUGGCGUCGGUGCCGGUUUACUGCCUGUGCCGCCUCCCGUACGACGUGACCCGCUUCAUGAUCGAGUGCGACGUGUGUCAGGACUGGUUUCAUGGCAGCUGCGUUGGAGUGGAGGAGGACAAGGCAACGGAGAUCGACCAGUACCACUGCCCAGACUGUGAGAAGUUGCACGGGCCCUCUGUUAUGAAACGGAGAAAAUGUAUUGCAAAGCAGGAGAGCUUUGGCAGCAUGGACAAAAGCCACCCAGUGCAAACCGGCAGUCAGACCUUCAUCCAGGAGCUCCGCAGCAGGACCUUCCCAAGUGCAGACGAGGUUAUUCUGAGGCCGACGGGCUACCAGCUGACGGUAGAGUACCUGGAGGAGAACAGCUUCAGUGUGCCCAUCCUGGUGGCCAAGAAAGACGGACUGGGGAUGACGGUGCCCCCGACCAGCUUCACGGUGAACGACGUGGAGCGAUACGUGGGGUCAGAGAAGAUCAUCGACGUGAUUGACGUGGCGAGGCAGGCCGACUGUAAGAUGAAACUGGGCGACUUCGUCAAGUACUACAACAGUGGCGACCGGGAGAAGGUCCUCAACGUCAUCAGCCUCGAGUUCUCCGACACCAGGCUGUCGAACCUGGUGGAGACGCCAAGGCUGGUCAGGAAGCUGUCGUGGGUGGAGAACCUGUGGCCGGAGUCGUCGCUCUUCGAGCGGCCCAGCGUACAGAAGUACUGCCUGAUGGGAGUGAAGGACAGCUACACCGAUUUCCACAUUGACUUUGGAGGCACCUCCGUCUGGUACCACGUACUCAAGGGAGAGAAGAUUUUCUACCUGAUCCGGCCGACCAGCGCCAACCUGGCCCUGUUCGAAUGUUGGAGCUCGUCUAGCAACCAGAACGAGAUGUUCUACGGGGACCAGGUGGACAAGUGCUACAAGUGUUCGGUGAAGCAGGGACAGACGCUCUUCAUUCCCACAGGUUGGAUCCACGCCGUGCUCACCCCCCUGGACUGUAUCGCAUUCGGCGGAAACUUCCUGCACAGUCUUAACAUCGAAAUGCAAUUGAAGGCCUAUGAGAUAGAGAAGAGGCUGAACACGGCAGAUCUCUUUAAGUUCCCGAACUUCGAGACCAUCUGCUGGUACGUCGGGAAGCAUCUCCUGGACACAUUCAGAGGUCUGCGAGAGAACGGCAGGCACCCAGCUCACUACCUCGUGCACGGCGCCAAGUCGCUCAACAUGGCCUUCAGGUCCUGGAUGAAGAAAGAGGCCCUUCCUGAGCACGAAGACGAAAUUCCCGAGACGAUCCGGACCACUCAGCUCAUCAAAGACCUGGCCAAGGAAAUCCGCCUGGUGGACUCCUUAGGGAAGGUGAUGGGGCCCUUCGCCCUCCAGAGGAACCCGCAGGCCGUCAACGUCGUCGACAGGCCGCCUGGCAGGAAGAAGGGCAGGAAGGGGAGGGAGGCGCUGGGGGGGCUGCGGUCCCCCGACCUUGAGCUCCUGGAGAUGCACACCAAGCAGACGCUGAAGAAGCUGGAGUCACCCAAGAAGGAGAAGUAUGACCUGUCCAGUGCCUCGCUGCCGAUGGGGACCCUGGAGGGCGAGCUGGCGAUGGAUGCUUCCGUCAAUCUGGAUGACAGCAAGCUACGGUUCGUGCUGUCCAAUGGAAAGAUAAUGAGUAACAAGGGGCUGAAGCUGCAGCCGGGCUCGGGCAAAUUCGAGCCACUCUUCGGCAUGCUGAAGGGGAUGAAGCACUGCGUCAAGGACAACUACGACUACGACUCCGAGGAUGACCUGCAGAUCGACGAAACCCCACGCAAGGAACGGCGGCUCGUCAGCGCCAGCAAAAAGCUGCUCAAGCUGCCCCGUCGGUUACCCCGCGCCAGACCCUGCAAAGAUCCCACCCGCAAGCGGGAGCCCGGCGAAGUGGACUUCGACAUUGUGGAAGACGAUUCAUCGGAUGAAGACUCGGCCAUCGACAUCGACAUUGACCAGGGGGAGGUGUCAGCCGAGGGUGCGGGGGCUAGCAGUUCUGCCGGCAUCCUCGACCUGCUCAAGGCCAGCAAGGAGGUCGGAGCGCUCGAGUACGCCACGCAGAGCCAGCCACCAGCCUCCCCGAGUACUCAGGAGGCCAUCCAGGGCAUGCUGUGCAUGGCCAACCUGCAGUCAUCACCUGGCUCCAGCCUGCAGGCCUGGUGGAGCAGCAGCCAGGAGAGGAACGGCUGCCCAUCCUCCGCCGUCCAGGCUAGCGGCAAGAAGGCCAGGGGCCGAGAGCAGCGGCCCGACGCCAGGGGAAGCCCGUCACCCGACAGUCUCGCCAGCGACGAUGACAGCUACGAUGACCAAGAGAGCCUGGGCGCCUGCUUCAAGGACUCCGAUUAUGUGUACCCAUCUCUUGAAUCAGACGAAGAUGAUCCGUCCUCGAGGACACGGAACCGAAAGAGGCGGAACAGCGAUGAUGCUCCCUGGAACCCCAAAGCUCGCGUGGCACCAACCCUUCCCCGGCACGAGCGACCUGUCCGGGAGGGGACACGCGUGGCUUCCAUCGAGACGGGGCUGGCAGCGGCAGCAGCAAAGCUCGCACAGCAGGAACAUCAAAAGAUUCAGAAGAGGAAGACAGUCAAGAAGAAACUGGUGCCCGAGGAGCCCAGCACCAAGCCGCAGCCUGGCAGCCCAGUGCCCGAGUCCAGGCCUGAGGUCCUGUCUGGGAGCCUGGUAGACCACGAGUACACGGCGGGCCCCAGCACCUUCGGCCUGCCGCAGGCCGGCCGCGGCUCCACGCCCAUGGCCCCCGGCGUCUUCCUCACGCAGCGCAGGGCUUCCACGUCGUCUCAAGGCAGCCAAUCAGGCAAACGGCCGAAGAAAGGUCUGGCAACAGCGAAGCAGCGUCUGGGGAAGAUCCUCAAGAUUCAUCGGAACGGAAAACUAUUGCUUUAAAUAUUUUUCUAUUUUGUACAAUGUUGGAACUGAACGUGUUUGUAUAUCUCUGUACAGUUGAUCUUCCUCCGACACUAAAUAUUGACCCUCUUCCCUCACCCUGCUGCCCCUCCCCAGUUAUUUUCAAGGGAGGACUUAUUGAGGCUAGUGGGAGAGGAAACGGGAGGGGAAGAAAGGUGUGUUUGGGGCAGGUUCCGAUCCCAAGACAAACUGCUCCGCGGGUCUCCUUCCUCUGCUCUUGGGAUGGCUCAAACACGUGAGGACGCCAGAGGAUUAUCCCGGUUGCGUGAUCGUUUGCGCCCUCCAUGUUAUUUUCUGAGCGGAUCCCGUUUCACUGCCUACCUUGACUCCCUUACCUGCUUUCCACUGGGCCGGUCUCCCUGACUGUCCUCUUAACCGCAAUCUCGACCUCCAGAUCCGCCCGUCUUUCACCCUAGUCACAGAAAGAGGCGCACAAGCUCACCAGCCCCAGGUUCAAGUUGGAGCCAGCGGGCACCAGCGCCACUGCACCGUCUUGGCGCACCUCCACGUCAGCACCUUCCAUUUAGGGAUCGCAUUUUUUCAAAUUUCCGCAGCCUUUUUUUUUUGCUCUGCCCCCUUCCGUCCCUGCCCACCCAACCCAGGUUACCUUUUGUAAAAAAAAUAACUACAUAAAGCCAUUAGUUUAUAACAAUUUUUUGUAGUGCCGCAAAUUUUUACAAUGUCUGAUGGUAUUGCUACUCUGAAAAAGAAAUUGUGCUUUUUAAAACCAAAAUUGAGGUUUUUAUUAAUAUUCCUUCCUGAAUUAGCCACGCAGGAGUUGAGAAAAAGACCGAAGGUCGCUGUUGAGUGUCUAGUAUAUUAAAUCUUCCAUCUGAGCAGUUGUACUAUCAUCUUUCCCCCUCAGGAGUACCUGUGCUGGUACUUUAUAAUGACGGUUUCUCAUGUCAACAUUUUGGCUGUAUUGAGCACCUCCAGCCAUUGUGGUGGAAGGCAGGGCUGGAGAGAGGAAUCAGCUCCAUUUGGUUUUCAACUUUGCUGCUGUUAGCUCCACCUCACCCUCAUACUCUCCUCCUCUCCCCCUCUCUCUUCUCCCCGUCUCUUCUUCCCUGUCUUUCCCCCAUCGUCUCCCCGUCCCUUCUCCCCCAUCUCUUCUCCUCUAUCUCUUCCUGCCUCUUUCCCCAUCUGUUCUCCCCCUUCUUCCCUAUGUCUUCCACUCUGGCUGAGACAGUUCAAAGAAAUUUUAAAAUCAAAGUUCAAGCAGGUGACCGUGUUCUACCCUGAGACUCAUUUUCUUGCAGGCAUUCACAGUCAAACAAAGAAAUACAAUAGAAUCAAUGAAAAACCACGUAAUCAAAGACUGGCAAACAACUGAUGUGCAAAAUAUGUUUUUUAAAACAAAUAAUAAUAGUAAUGAAUAAAUAAUUUGCCCCUCAGG